AUGGCCCCAGCCUCACUCUGGAGUCCAGCCCUUCCUCCUGCCUUGGGAUCGUUUCUGUUUGUUGUGGUCGCAUUCUACGCUGUCAGCACCGGGCUCUUGUUCCGAUGGCGGAGGGAUGUCCGGCUUCAGAGCCGCGAUGUCAACUUCCUGAUCCUGGGGUCUAUAUUUCUAUGCGUGCGAGACAUUGUGGUCUUGCUCAAUAUUGCACUCUUGGAGUUUCCGUGCGGCUGGGCGAUAUGGAUCGCCUUGAUCGGCGAGAUCGGCGUGGAUACCUCCAUCAUGGCACGCGCUGCCCGAUUCCUCUUCAAGACACUGACGAGCGAGUUCAAAGAGAACUAUCUUGACUGGCUCGUCGGUGGGCGACUCAGCCAAUCUCCUCACGAGCUCACCACCGCUAAGCAGAAGCUGAAGAUCCUGAUCAUCCGGUGCCGGAUGCUCUUCUCGAACUUGGCCAUGAUCAUCCACGUCGUUACCAUCUUGAUCGUGACCGUCAUUGUACAGAGCAUUUUAGCGUCAUAUUCGUGGAUGCAGUCCACCCCCGAUCAGUUCUGUCUCGGCGGAGUCAAUCACCUAAUGCUCUAUCCGCGCAUAGUCAUCACCGUUCUCUAUGUAUUUAUCAUCUUUCCCCUUGUCGGGGGAGUCCUCAUCGCAUUUGAGUGCGACCAUCCCCUGAAGACCGAGCUGUUCCUCAUCAUGGCUUGCAUCACGCUCGGCGAAACGGUUGUCAACUUUCUCAGUUUCUGGCUUGUACCCAACUAUCCCAGCGUGGCUGUUUACAUUAGGCCGGGUCUGGGCAUCGACCCGCUCAUACCGACCCGCUCAUAA